UUGUUAGUUACUGCGGCGAUCAAUAUUGGAACGUUGGCAAAUUAUUACGUGGCAAACCAAGACGGAAAGCCGAUAAUUUGAGGUAAAUGAUGGUAACACUUUUCUUUAUAUAUACAUUUUGUAAUUUAAAAAACGUGUGCGUAUAAAAAGUUAAAAAGAAACCGAGAAAGGCUGUGUCCGAACACAUUGUGACGAGUUCAUAUUGACACCUAAUAUAUAUUUUUAGACAAUAGCAAUAUGUUAGAAGCCAAGCGAUAAGCGGUUAUUACAUGUAUUUAAGUUAAUCGUUAUGACGUCAAACCUCGAAUAGCUUUCCUCCAGCGAUAUGGUUUUCAAGUGCAAAAUAAGUCAAGAUGUCAUACAAGUACAUAGUCGGAUCUGCCAUUUUCAUCGCCGCUCUGUUAACCGUUAACACUGUACCCGCUAGAGAAGUUUCCUAUUCCAAUAAACAGGAUCUAAUCAUCGGCAACAGGGUGCCCAACGACAGAGAGAGCCUCAAAGAGAACGUCGUAAAAAAAGCUAGCUGGAACAAUGUUCAGAUUGUCGAGAAGACCUACAAUGUCUCGGCGAAUGAACGUAUCACUAUGGUUGCAAUGUUGGAUCAGAAUACAAACAGAAAAGGCGCGAAAGCUAGUGUUUUGCAAGGUGGACCUGGAUGGAGCAACGUCACCGUGAAGUUCAAAAGUCAAAGAAGUGAGCGCAUUGAUUUCAUCGUUCAGUUGUACUCACGACUACAAUCGGUGGAAGCAGCCACUCCUAUGACUGAUACAACGACGCUUUCUGGACGCAAUUAGGAUGGAGAAGUAAAAUAAGCAAUCUUAAAAGCUACAUCAACUCAAUAUGUUCUGAGCUAUUGCAACAUUGUCACCAUUGCCACUAAAAGAAGACAUGUCAUUAAAUAUUCUUGUUAUUUACGCGUUAUUGUUUGAUGUCUUGUACAUAUAAUCAAUAAAUCAAUUGAUGUAA